CCCCUUGAAACCUGCUUACUUCAACACAACUUAAUUAAAUUAUAACUUAAAUUCUUUCCAAAUUCUGGCCAUAUUCCGUAAUACAAUGGGGCUGUGGAAGUUUAAGUUAUGAGUUGUGAGGCAGGUUAUGUCAAGGAAGGUACUGUAUACCUUCAUUGACUUUGAUAUUACUUCCUAGAUGGCGGUAGUGACCAGCGCCCCAUAGUAGAGUCGCUUACAAAUAUUUACUUUCAUUACAACAGCUGUCUCGUCGUCGACCUUGGGAGUUAUUAGGGAGUGGAAUAGUGAAAGUGAAGCUCUUGUGUGUAUAUAUAUAUAUAUUACUGCUGAAGUAAGACAGGGAGCAACAUCAUGGCAGCCAUCUACAGAGCAAUUAUUCGUCGGGCAGAUAAAUUUGUUCCUCCCAAAAUGCAACCAUUCUGGAACCACCCGGCAGGUCCCAAAACAGUAUUCUUCUGGGCACCUUGCUUCAAAUGGGGUUUGGUGAUUGCUGGUCUGGGAGACUUGGCUCGACCAGCAGAGAAGUUAUCAGCUUCACAGUCAUCAGCUCUGGCUGCCACUGGUCUCAUCUGGUCUAGGUACUCCCUGGUUAUAAUUCCCAAGAACUGGAACCUGUUUGGCGUGAAUGUGUUCGUAGCAACGACGGGGCUUUACCAACUUUCUCGCAUCUACAAACAUGAAAAACAAAAGUCCAAGGCACUGAAGGAAACCUAAACUUAGUUUAGUUGGUAGUAAUGGUUGAUUCUCCUAAAAUCAACAUUAAUAGAUUUUGUCCACUAAUUUGAGCAGAUUUAUAGUACUAAUAAUGGGUUAUAGGAUAUUGUUUUGUCAGUGUAUUAUUGUAUUAUGACUUCAUCAGCAUUAUGGGGAAACUAAUGACAACACAUAGUGAUAUAUACAUAGAAUAUAUAUUGUUUUAUAUAUGUCUGUAAAAUAUUUGAAUAAACCUCAAGCAUUUGG